AUGCCAUACGCACUUUUCCCCAUCCCACUUCAUCAGAGGAGGCUCAGUUCUCCUGUACCCAGCUAUGUGUCCAUGCAGAGUGACCAGUCCAUGGAUACACCUGUGACAUUUGGAGAAGCCUCACAUGCUGAUUAUCCUGUUUAUCAGAGGAUGUCCCACUCCCCUGUACCCAGCCAUGUGUCCAUGAAGAGUGACCAGUCCAUGGAUACACCUGUGAAAUUUGGAGAAGCCUCACAUGCUGAUUAUGCACCUCAGAGGAGACCAGACUCCCCUGUACCCAGCCAUGUGUCCAUGCAGAGUGACCAGUCCAUGGAUCCACCUGUGAAAUUUGGAGAAGCCUCACAUGCUGAACAUAAGCAUGAAAUUUGGAAUCUGAAGAGUGCCUUCAUGCUGUGCAAUGCCAUAUGCACUUUUCCCCAGCCGCCUUCAUCAGAGGAGGCCAGUUCUCCUGUACCCAGCUAUGUGUCCAUGCAGAGUGACCAGUCCAUGGAUCCACCUGUGAAAUUUGGAGAAGCCUCACAUGCUGAACAUGCACCUCAGAGGAGACUAGACUCCCCUGUCCAGAGCCAUGUAUCCAUGCAGAGCGACCAGUCCAUGGAUCCACCUGUGAAAUUUGGAGGAGCCUCACAUGCUGAUUAUCCUGUUUAUCAGAGGAUGUCCCACUCCCCUGUACCCAGCCAUGUAUCCAUGAAGAGUGACCAGUCCAUGGAUCCACCUGUGAAAUUUGAAGGAGCCUCUCUUGCUAAAGG